UACAUAAAUCUAUUAUUUCCAAAUUUAUUGACAGUGUUAAAACAUAUGUAGAUAUUAACAUUUUGAACAUUAAUUCGGUAAAACAGAAGUUUAGAAAGUUAAAUUCAAAUUGAAAUUUGUUUAGCAUGGCCGACGAGAUGGAGGAGGAGGAUAUUGAGGAUUACCAUGAUCUGGAAGACUUUAACGAUGAGCCAGCCUCAGGCAGUGGUGUUAGCAAUCAAGCGGAGCGUUUUGUCGUCAAGAAGUGGGUGGCCCAUGGCCUCUGGUCGUGGGAUGUAGCCGUUGAAAAUUGUGCCAUUUGCCGGAAUCACAUUAUGGACCUGUGCAUCGAAUGUCAGGCAGAUCCCAAUGGCAAUAAAGAGGAUUGCACUGUGGCCUGGGGCGAGUGUAAUCAUGCCUUUCACUAUCAUUGCAUUGCCCGAUGGUUAAAGACACGCAACGUCUGUCCGCUGGAUAACAAAGAGUGGGUCUAUCAAAAGUACGGUCGGUAACCCCGAAGGACCUAAAUGGAGAACACGUUCUUGUCUUGUUAAACUUGCAAUGUUAAAUUAAUUAAUCUUUAUAAACCUCUGAAUGCCACCGAAUCUUA